AUGAAGGAACUAUUUACUGUCUGGGAUCAAGGAUGGAUGUUGACCACAUUAUCUUCCUGUUUGUGUGUCUUUGGAUGCUUUGUGAUUUUCAUUGAUGACAUAUACUAUGCUGUAUUUCCCAAGUCAAUUACUGGUAAAUAUAAAUUUGAAAUCAAAGAGAACUAUACCUUUUUAUGUGGAUCCUUGGCGUUUAGCUCCGGGUGUCUUUUAUUCACAUCUUUAUUCAGGCUCCUUCCUGAAGCUAUUCAGUAUCUUUUGAAUUCAGCCAAGGAGAGCGGGGAUGUGAGCCCACAUAUGGAGAGAAAGUUGAAUUUUAUUUUGGUGGCUUCAUAUAUAGGCGGCAUGCUUCUUACAAUUUUAUCUAAUACGAUUCUCCAUUUGAUUACGAGCGAAUCGGUUGUCCAUUGCAGCCAUAGUUCGCAUGAACACAGCCAAGAACCUGAAAGUGGAGACUCUAAUAGUCUGAGUCAUCACAAUUGCUCCCAGAUUCAUCACCACAGUGACGACGAAACUGACAAUCACUCAUAUAACGGUACCCACGGCCAUUCAAAUGAAUAUUCGCAUGCAAGGGGCCAUUCCGAGGGACAUGAGCAUAGACACCAAGAUUAUUUCGAUGGAAGCUUUGCUAACGAGCAGCACCGAACUGCACUUGAAACUAUUCCAUCCAACGCAAGUCUCACCGAACACGCUCCCUUGACUGAAAGUCAUAGACCAUCUAAAAUAAAGCGAAGUUCGUCGUUACUUCAUUUUCUUUCUCAUGAUAAAGAGAACAAGGAAAUGUUAGGAGAAUGUAGAGGGUAUUCUUCCGCAGAACUCUGCUUAUACCAUAACCAGAUGCAUAACAACGAGUCUACACCUCCUAAGAAUCUUCACUUUUGUGAACUUCCUACAUUGACGAGUAAUGCUUCAAAUGAAAUGGGUGACUAUGGAAGUACUAGUGAUAAUGACGACAUUCGAAAGCCGUCAAGUCUUCAAACAGCAGAUGUUCAUGAUGAAUUGUCCGAAGGAGAAACGAAGCAUCAUCAUCACGUAACUUCUCCAUUCGGAAGGUUAUUUUUGAUUGGGAUACAAACCUCUUUGGCAAUCACUUUGCAUAAGCUUCCAGAAGGUUUUAUAACGUACAUAACAUCAGAGACUAAUCCAAAGUUGGGAAUGUCAAUAUUUCUCAGUCUUUUAUUACAUAACCUAACUGAAGGGUUUUCGAUGUGCUUACCCUUAUAUUAUCUGUUUGCUUCAACGUCACGUCGCUUUGCAAAAUUACGAGCUAUAACAAUAAGCGCUUUUUUGGGUGGAUUAUCGCAACCUCUUGGUGCAUUUUUUGGCUAUAUAUUUAUGCAUACUUAUGCCCCUGGAGGAAACAUUGAUUUAUCAAAAUUGAAUCUUGUGUUUGGGUCAACAUUGGCUGUCACCGGAGGAUUCUUGACAGUAAUUGGUCUUUCCAUGUAUGGCUCAGCAGUUUCCUUUGGAGGAUCCUUAAACUUUGUAAUGAUUUGGUGUAUCGUCGGUAUUUCAACAAUUGCUCUUUCAUUCAUGAUUACUAGUGGUUAA